AUUUUCUUUUUUUAGUAUACGCGCUAAUAUAUGGUAAUUUGACAAUGCGUCGUUCUGUCUCACAUUAUAAAUAGCACCUUUUUCUUCACAAAAAUAUAUCAAUCAAUUCUUCAUUCAUUCCUUGUCACAUACACACAUAGAAGAGAAUGUCUAGCACAGCAGGUCAAGUCAUUCGUUGCAAAGCUGCGGUGGCAUGGGAAGCAGGGAAGCCACUGGUGAUCGAAGAAGUGGAGGUUGCACCUCCCCAGAAAAUGGAAGUUCGUUUGAGGAUCCUCUUCACCUCCCUCUGUCACACUGAUGUCUACUUCUGGGAAGCCAAGGGACAAACACCCUUGUUUCCUCGCAUAUUAGGUCACGAAGCAGGAGGGAUUGUAGAGAGUGUAGGUGAGGGCGUGACAGAACUCCAGCCCGGGGACCAUGUCCUCCCUGUGUUCACUGGUGAGUGCAAGGAGUGUGCUCACUGCAAAUCCGACGUGAGCAACAUGUGUGACCUCCUCAGGAUUAAUACUGAAAGGGGUGUCAUGCUCAGUGAUGGCAAAACUAGGUUCUCCAUUGACGGACAGCCUAUAUAUCACUUUCUCGGUACCUCCACAUUUAGCGAGUACACUGUUGUCCAUGAGGGCUGUGUUGCCAAGAUCAACCCUGAAGCACCACUUGACAAAGUUUGCGUUCUCAGUUGUGGAAUAUCCACAGGAUUUGGUGCGACUGUGAAUGUUGCCAAACCAGCAAAGGGUUCAACUGUUGCUGUUUUCGGAUUGGGAGCAGUAGGCCUUGCAGCUGCUGAAGGUGCUCGAGUUUCUGGGGCUUCAAGGAUCAUUGGUGUUGAUUUGAAUGCUAGCAGAUUCGAAUAUGCCAAGAAAUUUGGUGUUACGGACUUCGUGAACCCAAAGGAUCACGACAAGCCUGUUCAGCAGAUGAUUGCUGAGAUGACUAAUGGUGGAGUGGACCGGAGCAUAGAAUGUACUGGAAACGUCCAUGCCAUGACCUCUGCAUUUGAAUGUGUUCAUGAUGGUUGGGGUGUUGCUGUAUUGGUUGGGGUGCCCAACAAAGAUGAUGAAUUCAAAACUCAUCCCGUGAAUCUGCUGAAUGAGAGGACUAUUAAGGGAACUUUCUUCGGAAACUACAAGCCACGUUCUGACCUCCCAGCUGUUGUUGAAAAAUACAUGAACAAGGAGCUGGAAGUGGAGAAAUUUAUCACUCACGAGGUCCCAUUUUCAGAGAUCAACAAAGCAUUCGAAUACAUGCUGAAAGGGGAGAGUCUGCGCUGCAUCAUCCGCAUGGACGCUUAGGACUUUACUCAUGACUGUUUGUGGUGCUAAAGUUACCCAGUCUUUCCACUAAAGGAAAGACUAGUUUUAGGGAGAAGAAUAAGUCGCAAGUUUGUGUUUUUAUGUUUGCUUUAAUGUUUUUUUGACUUAUUAUAUGACUACUAAGAAAUUUAAUUUCUAUAUAUUUUGCUUUCCUAA